AAUAGAAGUGUAUUUCCGAUUUUCCCCAUGUGACAAAUAAUGGGACAUAAUCGAAGGUGCAACUCCCAAAAACAUUGGCUCUUGCCUAAUACCCUACUGAUCCAACGGUCACUAUAUCCCCUUCUUAAAAAGCACAAAUUAAUCUCAUCCAUCCGAUCCUUCCAUAAUUAGUCCUUCCCUUUCUGUUUUUUCUCUCUUUCGCCUCCCCCUUAGUGUACUCUCCCUUCGCUGCCUCCCCCCUCUUUUUUUCCUGUCUGGAAAACCGCUUUUGAUCCGGUUUCACACACUUUUUCAAAAGCGGUUUUCCGGUCACCUCAGAUCGGGUUCUCUUGGUUUCGUCUCGGCCUCGAUCCGUCGCUUUUAGGCAUCAACUUGGUCCUUUUUGAUCGAACAUGGCCACUGGAGCGGAGCUCGAGAAACCUGUACCUGUUCCUUCGGGAUUGGAGGCAGACCCCAUUAGUAAAUUGGCUGCACAUGAUGUGGCUUCUGGAAAAGAUGGAAUACCAUCUGACUCAACAUCGCCCAUUUGCUCUUUAGGGGAUGCGACUUCUAAUGCCAAUGGUGAAGGGGAUGGUACUUCUACCAUUAAAGGGGAGGCUAAUCAAGAGUUAGCUGGAGAGCAGAGCAUUUACAAUCCACCUACUAGUAGUUACAAUUAUUACUACCCAGGAUACAGUGGCCCUUUUGCACAAUUGGAUGAUCAUGGUUAUUUCCAAGCAGAUAAUUCUCACCUGGGAAUGCAAUCAGACAAUGGAUCACUAGUUUAUUAUUUACCUGGAUAUAAUCCAUAUGCGACUGGAGCAAUUGUUGGCGUCGACGGGCAAAAUGUUAGUCAACAACCCUAUUUCUCUUCCCCUGGAUAUGUUCAGCAUCCUGUUUCAUAUGGAGCUGAAGCUGUGCCUUGUUAUUCGUGGGAUUCAACAUAUGUUGGUGACAUCUCAAAUGGAAAUGUUGGUUCUGGAAAUGGAAAAUAUGGUUCAGGUUCUACCUUCGCCAAGCAAAAUGGUUUCAACUCGAUGAAGUCUAAUGGCAAUGUUGGCGUCAAAUCAUCCAAGUCUGCAUAUGCACAAUCAAUCAGACCUUUAAACAAGGUGUCUCCGUUAGGUUCUGAUUUCUCAGCUGGUCUGUUUAAGGGAUACCAUCAUGUAGGAAAUUUCUCUUCAUUUCCUAGCCAAAAACAAGGUCCAUUUGCACAUAAUGGUCAUAUGAACUAUAGACAAAAUGGAAGGAUGUGGAAUGGAAGUGAUAGAAAUAAAUUCAGAGACAGAGUCCAGAAAAACAGUGAUUUUGAGUCCUCAACUGAACUAACUUGUGGUCCUAGGGCCUCUAACAAUUUGGCUUCUUUGGAUUCUUCUGUCAAGGAAGACUUGGGAACCACUGUGCAAAGGGACAAGUAUAACCAACCAGAUUUUGAAACUGAGUAUGCAAAUGCUAAGUUCUAUGUCAUAAAAUCUUACAAUGAAGAUGACAUUCAUAAGAGCAUUAAAUAUGAUGUCUGGGCAAGUACACCAAAUGGUAAUAAGAAGCUCGAUGCAGCAUUCCAUGAUGCAGAACAGAGAUCAAGUGGAAACGGCACAAAAUGCCCAAUUUUCCUCUUUUUUUCGGUUAAUGGAAGUGGGCAAUUUGUUGGGGCAGCUGAGAUGGUUGGGAAGGUGGAUUUUGAUAAAGACAUGGACUUUUGGCAACUUGACAAGUGGAAUGGUUUCUUCCCAGUCAAAUGGCAUGUCGUAAAAGACAUUCCUAACAAUCAGCUGCGCCAUAUCAUUCUCGAAAAUAAUGAUAGAAGGCCUGUAACUUUUAGUAGGGAUACCCAAGAGAUUGAACUUAAGCAAGGUUUGGAAAUGCUGAAAAUUUUUAAGAGCUAUUCAGCUAAAUCGUCGUUGUUGGAUGACUUUAAUUUUUAUGAAAUUCGAGAGAAGUCCCUUAAUGUGAAAAAGAGCAGUAAGCCUGCAACUCUGCGAAUGGAAAUACACAACAAUGAUGAUUUCCCAAAGCAAAUCAAAACAGGAGAAAGGAAAUUUGAAGAUGACUUGAGGACUAAGAAAACGACUAAUCCUUCAUCUCUCAUCCAUCUAACUAAAAAUCUCUCUCUCCACAGCUACAAUCCGAAGAGUAACAAUUCUAUAAAGAAGCCAAUAGAAAAUUCAGUCCCUGCACCAUAAGCAUUUUUUACUGUGCUUUUUUAGUUCUUUCAAUUUCAAUGUUACAGCUCUCUUGUUUCAUUGUUCUUUUUCCUUUUCUUGUGUUGUUUUAAUCAUCUGUUUUCCUUUUCCAUUUUAAGCUGGUUUAUAAGGCUUUAUUUAAGUAUUUAUUGUUUUGGUAGGUUAGCUAUAUUUUAUUUUCAGUGCUUUGGUUGAUUCCAAAAGUGAAGUGGGAGGGUGGUGGAUGAAGUUCAAUUUCUAUCUACCAUUUAAUGUGUUUGUGUUGAAAUUUGGUGCUCUGAAUCUCUAGAUUACGAUAUUUUCUACUAAAAUAUAAUUAACUUAAAGGCUGACAUCCUUUUUUCAUUCA